AUGGUCACAUCCACCGAUUAUCUGGUGCAAAGCCUUAUGCUCCGAGACAUCCGCUAUCGAAAAUCUCAAGCAGAAAGGUCGGUCAAAGCAACCAAAGAUGAAGAUGAUAGAGAGUCUUCUGCAACAGGUCUUACUCUAUCCGGUCCAUACAACUCAUAUUCGAGGAGAGACUCGCUAUAUCUGCCUAUAAAUCUCGACGCUUUAUUUCUCCGUCUGACGUACAGAGAGAGAGAGAGUAACAAGGUAAUAUCCAUGACGUUGUACGGGCAUAUGCCGAUCAAGCGAAUCGCCGAUGCUCAAAUGCCAACGAACGCUUCACUGAAGUAUCAUCAAAACCGCAUCAAAGAUACGCACCUGCAGGCGAUGGUGAGCUAUCCUGAGAAGAAAUAUUAUACUCCGAAGGAUCAAUCGGGAGUUCCAUCUAUCAACUGA